AGAGCCAUGCAAGCUUCUCAUCACUCUGUUAGUAAGAAGGCUAAAUGACAAGUUGGGAGUCUAGGCAGAGAAACGCGCAGUGACCUAUGGCACAGGACGCGAUGGAGAGCAAAGGGCUGCUCAGAUGCAAGAUCGUGGUGGUCGGUGACACGCAGUGUGGAAAGACGGCUCUCCUCCACGUCUUUGCCAAAGACUCAUACCCAGAGAAUUAUGUUCCGACGGUGUUUGAGAAUUACACGGCCAGUUUCGAGAUUGACAAACAGCGCAUCGAACUCAACAUGUGGGACACGUCAGGUUCAGCCUACUAUGACAAUGUGCGACCGUUAGCGUAUCCCGACGCGGACGCAGUCCUCCUUUGCUUUGACAUAAGUCGCCCAGAGACGCUGGACAGCGUGGUGAAAAAGUGGCAAGGAGAGACGCAGGAAUUCUGUCCCAAUGCCAAGGUGGUACUGGUGGGCUGCAAGUUGGACAUGAGGACAGACGUCAACGUCAUGAGGGAGCUGUCCAAACACAGACUCAUCCCAGUCACCCACGAACAGGGUACUCAUCUGGCGAGACAGAUUGGCGCCGUGGCCUACGCAGAGUGCACCUCCAAGUACUCUGAGAACAGCGUCCGCGACGUGUUCCACGUUACCACCCUGGCUUCGGUGACCCGUGUCAACCGGCCGGCGCUCAAGCGUGCUGGCUCGCGACGGGGGCUCAAGCGGGUCUCCCAGCAGCCGCCUCGGACUGAGAUUCACGAGCACCCACCCGCCAUGAGGAAGGAGCGUGCCAAGAGCUGCGUGCUCAUGUAGAGCUGCAGGCGAACUUUAUUUAUUGUCUUCAAGUCUUUGCGCUGCUUUAAAAAGGGACAGUGUGAGGAAAACAAUAUGGGAUGGAUGCCUACUCCAGUAUGUCUUCUUUAUUUAGGUGCUAAACAAAGUACAACAAGCACAAACGUUAACCAUAACUGCCAGUCAGCAAACUAGGCUGUAACUCCUAAAGUGAAAAAAUCUGGACACACUUACAUAAAACAGGCUGGCAAAAAUUUACUAAAACCACAAGUUCUUUUUUUUUAAAAUAACUAAACAAUGACUCAUAUAAAACUAUUUUAAUCAAUAAAAAUAACACUCUUAUACUGCCCAUUUGAAAGCAAACUGACUGGAAGGGCUGGAAAUGUUGUUUUAUGUGAUUAUGAAAUAAAUCCUUUACAAAGCUAAGUCACUGUAUAUACAGUAUGAAACUCAUGUGUUGUAUAAUAUAUUUGUCAUUUGGGCCUUGUCCAUAUGAAAAUGGGUAUUUACACAUUUGUGGCCUGUUUAUUGUUUUGGGGUCCCUGGCUUUUUUUGAAAACUGAUGUGUUCUAUAAAAGUAACAAGCAAGUAUGGGACGGGUAUCAUUUCAGUUUUCAUAAACGCAUUCCAGGCUAAAAAUGGCAUUACAUUAAAUUGUCCUGGCCUUUUUGUUUACAUGCAAA